GACAACAAUGAGAUACUAUUUCAAGUUGACAAUGAUAAUUCACUGAGAAUCGGUGGUGAAAUAUUUGAAUUGACUGUGUUCAAAGACUUUUUGAAUAAUAUGAUACCUGGGUGGAAUAAGGAUUCUAUCAUUAGAGACCUGUUAACAGUGAUUAUACUAUUUAACCCGAAUCGACCCAAUCUGAGACAUAAACACUACGUUAACCUGGAGCAACAGUUGUAUAUAUAUUUACUGCAACGGUAUCGGCUAGUUGUAUAUAUAUUGACACGAAUGACACCAUCGAUGAGAUGGAAGGCCUUCACGAAGACAUCACCGGCCGGUCACUGA